UUCACCUUCCGGGAUGUCAUGGCUGGACCUGGCUGGGCAAAGGAGUGGAACUGGGGCCAUCAUGUGCCUCACAUGACCCACGAGACUGGACCAAUGAUCCCCGAGAUCGAUGAAAUGAUGGACGAGAUGCAACGGUAUGACAAAGAUGACACCAGCAUCGACGU